AUGAGCAGUAUUAGAAGGAAUAAUCUGAGCAGUGCAUCGGAGUUCAUCCUCUUGGGGAUUCCCAUCCGGCCAGAAGAGCAAGGCUUCUUCUCAGUUCUGUUCCUGGCCAUCUAUCUGACCACGGUGCUGGGGAACCUGCUCAUCAUCCUGCUCAUCAGGCUGGACUCUCACCUCCACACCCCCAUGUACUUCUUCCUCAGCCACUUGGCCUUCACAGACAUCUCUUUCUCAUCUGUCACAACUCCAAAGAUGCUCAUGAACAUGCUGACACAGAGCCACUCCAUCUCAUACACUGGGUGUGUUUCCCAGGCAUAUUUUUUUCUAUUUUUUGCAGAUCUUGACAGCUUUCUUCUUACUGCAAUGGCCUACGACAGGUAUGUGGCCAUCUGCCACCCUCUGCACUACACCACCAUCAUGAGUCAGAGCCUCUGUUUCCUACUGUUAAUUGUGUCCUGGGCCUUGUCUUGUGUCAGUGCCCUUGUGCACACUCUUCUCCUAGCUCGUUUGUCCUUCUGUGGGGAUAAUAUUCUGCCCCACUUCUUCUGUGAUCUUUCUGCCUUACUUAAGCUGUCUAGCUCAGACACCACCAUCAAUGAGCUGGUUAUUUUCACUGUAGGAGUGGUGGUCAUUACUGUGCCAUUGAUAUGCAUUUUGGUCUCUUAUGUCCACAUUGGGGGCACAAUUCUGAAAAUUCCCUCCAUGAAGGGAAUCUGCAAAGCCUUAUCCACAUGUGGCUCUCACCUCUCAGUGGUUUCCCUGUACUAUGGAGCCAUUAUUGGCCUAUACUCCUUCCCUUCACCCAAUAACAAUAAUAACAAGGAUGUCAUUGUGUCUGUGAUGUACACUGUGGUCAUACCUAUGCUGAAUCCCUUUAUCUACAGUCUGAGGAAUCGGGAUAUGAAAGGAGCUCUGAGGAAAAUCCUCAGUAAAGUAAUUUUAUCACAGCAGUAG